UGGCACAUUUCUUAAAAAUAAAUCUUAUUAUUUCUUUCUUAAAAACAUUUAGUGUAGGCUAUAAAUUGCUAAAUUUAAAUAAAAACAAAACAAAACAAAAAAACUAUAGGCUAUGUACACGUAGGCAAUUUAGCCCCGCCCAUCAUCUCUGCAGUUCCCUACUCCUGUCGGAUCACGCCUGUGCACGGGACACGCAGAAAUAUGUCUAUAUUGCGCGUUUUCGCAUGAAAUUUGCAUGAAACAUCGACUGCCAAAAUGGUUUGCGGGUGCUAUCCAUGAUGUGUGUAUAAUCUUGUAAAAUCUGGGAUUUAUGUGAGCUCGCUUGUUUUGCAAAGCUGUAUCAUGUUUCGGACGUUUUUACUACCGACUGCCCGCUGCCUGGAUGCCGGCAGUAAGAGGUCAUACCAGGAUCUGUUUGAGAGACUUGAUACUAAUAAAGAUGGCAAAGUGGAUGUCGCCGAAUUACGCGAAGGACUCAAAGCGAUGGGCAUUUUCCGCCACGGAGCAGCGCAGAAAAUUGUCUCAUCAGGUGACCAAAACAAAGAUGGGAGUCUCGACUUCAGUGAGUUCUCUAAAUAUCUGAAAGAGCAUGAGAAGAAGCUGUUGCUCACUUUCAAGAGUUUGGACAAAAACAAUGACGGACGCAUUGAUGCUUCAGAGAUCCAACUGGCCCUUGCAGAGCUGGGCAUUCAUGUCAGUAAAGAGGAUGCCAUGAAAAUCCUUCAAAGCAUGGACAUUGAUGGCACCAUGAUGGUGGACUGGAAUGAGUGGAGGGAGCACUUCCUGUUUUGUCCUGCCCACAACCUGGAAGAUAUUAUUCGCUAUUGGAAACACUCCUCUGUUUUGGACCUCGGAGAAAGUCUUGCUAUCCCAGAUGAGUUCACAGAAGAAGAGAAGAGCUCAGGUGGCUGGUGGAAGCAGCUGGUGGCAGGUGCCAUUGCGGGAGCUGUCUCUCGAACUGGUACAGCCCCCCUAGACCGAAUAAAAGUUUUCAUGCAGGUUCAUGCCUCCAAAUCCAACAAAAUUGGCUUGGUUGGUGGUUUAAGGCAAAUGAUUACUGAAGGUGGUCUAAUGUCAUUGUGGAGAGGAAAUGGAAUAAAUGUUUUAAAGAUUGCGCCAGAGACUGCAAUCAAAUUUAUGGCGUAUGAACAAUAUAAAAAAUUAUUGACAACCGAGGGUCAAAAAAUACAGACACACUGUAGGUUCAUGGCUGGAUCACUGGCUGGAGCUACAGCGCAGACUGCCAUCUACCCCAUGGAGGUACUAAAAACUCGACUGACAUUAAGAAAAACAGGGCAGUACUCAGGAAUGAUAGAUUGUGCCAAGAAGAUAUUGAAAAAUGAGGGAAUUAAGGCUUUUUACAAAGGCUAUAUUCCCAACCUUCUGGGGAUCAUCCCUUAUGCUGGAAUCGAUUUGGCUGUUUAUGAGAGUUUAAAGAAUACUUGGUUGUCUUACCACAAAGACUCUGCUAAUCCUGGUGUUCUGGUGUUGUUGGGUUGUGGCACUAUCUCAAGUACCUGUGGUCAGUUGGCUAGCUAUCCACUUGCACUUGUGCGCACACGGAUGCAGGCACAAGCAUCUCUAAAUGCAUCAGACCAGCCAUCAAUGAAUACACUUUUGAAGAAAAUUGUCGCCAAAGAUGGUUUUUUUGGACUCUACCGUGGGAUUCUACCAAACUUUAUGAAAGUUAUACCUGCUGUUAGUAUAAGUUAUGUGGUUUAUGAGUAUAUGAAGACUGGCCUGGGGAUUUCCAAAUGAUUUUUUUUUUUCUGUCAGUAUGUCAACAUUUUUUGACUAAAUUGAAGAAAGCAGAUGUAAUUUAUUGCAUGACUCUUAUUUAUACACAAUGUGGAUAGUACGCAUGAUUUAUUGAUGAAGAUUCAAAAUUCAUUGAUACAAUUUUGCUAGUAGUUUGCUGACUACUAAAUAUGCUAUUCCAAAGCAACAUUUUAUGCACUGUGUGGACUGCAUGUAAAACACUCUACUGACUACUGAGUGCACAAAUAUACUUUUCUUAAGCUAUGAUCUAAAAAUUUCAGGACAUGCCUGACUGUAAAUGCACAUGCAUAGCAACAUGUGUUUUGAUUUUCUAUGAUAUGAUUUGUGUGUUUCAAUAUUUACAAAAACAGAAAACAAAAAGCUGAUUUGCGUGCAUGAAAAGAUUUCACACUUGGAAUUAUGUAAUGUGAAUUUGUAAGUUAUUUUGAAACACUGGAUGGUGCCUCGAUGAUAAAUGCAACGUUUUUUAAUCCUAUAUGGUGCUGACUGAGCAUUUGCCCUUUCACUGUGAAAUAUCCCCAUCUAGUGGAUAGAUGACGGAUUGUUGAAAAAAGUAGAUAAUUUGAGUAAUUAAUAUAAUUUAAUCAGAUCCAUACAUUCAUUGACUGAUGUGAAUCUAAUCAAAUAAAAUGAUGUGUGUUGGAUAAA